AUGGCUGUGCCUUGCCUCUUUGCUCUCCGCAGGAGCACCAGCCUGUUCCACGAGGUCGUGCAGCUGGACUUUGAGAUGGCCAGCUUCAGCAGCCUGUCGGGCACGCAGCCCAUCAGCUGGCAGGUGGAGUACCCCCGGCGCGGCUCCUCCGACCCUGCCCUGGCCGAGAUCUUCAUCUGCCAGAAGGACCUGGUGGCAAUCGUGCCCCUGGCCAUGGACACCGAGAUCCUGAACACGGCCAUGCUGACGGGCAGGACGGUGGCGGUGCCCGUCAAGGUGGUGUCCAUCGAGGAGAACAGCGCUGUGACGGACAUCUCCGAGGCCGUGGAGUGCAAAUCCUCCGGGGAGGACGUCAUCAAGGUUUCUGACAGGUGUGACUACGUUUUUGUCAACGGCAAGGAGAUGAAGGGCAAGGUGAACGCCCUGGUGAACUUCACCUACCAGUACCUGAGCGCCCCGCUGCAGAUGACGGUGUGGGUGCCCCGCCUGCCCCUGCAGAUCGACAUUUCCGACACUGAGCUCAGCCAGAUCAAGGGCUGGCGCGUCCCCGUGGUCUCCAGCAAAAGGCCCACCAGGGACAGCGAUGACGAGGAGGAGGAGGAGCGCAGGGGCAGGGGCUGCAGCCUGCAGUACCAGCACGCCACGGUCAGGGUGCUGACGCAGUUCGUGGCCGAGGACUCGGGCCCCUGGGGACAGCUGAGCUUCCUGCUGGGCUCGGACUGGCACUUCGACAUCACCGAGCUGGUCAGGGACUUCAUGAAGCUGGAGGAUCCCCACAUUGCCAGGCUGCAGGAGGGCAGGAUCCUGGUCGGCCGGGAAGUGGGAAUGACCACCAUGCAGGUUUUGUCUCCUCUGUCUGACUCCAUCCUGGCAGAGAAGACGGUGACUGUGCUGGAUGACAAAGUGACCAUCACAGACCUGGGAGUGCAGCUGGUGUCUGGGCUUUCUCUCUUCCUGCAGCCCAGUGCAGCCACCAGCAGGGCCAUUGUGGCCACAGCCGUUGCCCAGGAGCUGCUUCAUACUCCUAAGCAGGAAGCCGUGGUCAGCACCUGGAUCCAGUUCAGUGACAGCUCCGUUACCCCGCUGGACAUCUACGACCCCAAGGACUUCUCGCUGUCGGCCGUGUCGCUGGACGAAGCCGUGGUGUCCGUGCACCAGAGCCCUGCCCUGAGGUGGCCGGUGGUGGCCGCGGAGGGCGAGGGCCAGGGAGCGCUGGUCAAGGUGGACAUGAUGAUCUCGGAGGCCUGCCAGAAGUCCAAGAGGAAGAGCGUGCUGGCCGUGGGGAGCGGCAGCAUCAGGGUGAAGUUCGGGCAGAACGACGCGGACGCGGAGGCGGGCGGCGACUACGAUGCGGGCGAGAUUGAGAACCGCGCCAGCGACCGGCGCCACAAGGGCCCGGAGCCGGAGCGCCACGGGCAGGACGGGCGCUACCACGGCGGCUCCUCGGCAGAGAGGGACGAGGGGCUCCUCAGGAAGGCUGGCACCACGGCCAAGUCCAUCCUCAAGAAUAAAGUCAUCAAAAACAACCGCCUGGACGGCGGCAAGCUCUCGGACGACAGCCAGCUGCAGAACAUCCCCAUCGACUUCACCAACUUCCCCGCCCAGGUGGACCUGCCCAAGGGAGGUGCUGGCAUGGAGGACAGCGACCUGGUGCAGACACCCCGGGGCCUCAGCGACCUGGAGAUCGGCAUGUAUGCCCUGCUGGGCGUCUUCUGCCUGGCCAUCCUCGUCUUCCUCAUCAACUGCGCAACAUUUGCGCUCAAGUACCGCCACAAGCAGGUCCUGGUGGAAGGACAGACCACCGUGACCCACUCCCACGACUGGGUGUGGCUGGGCAACGAGGCAGAACUGCUGGAGAACGCGGCAGACGCGUCGCCUCAGCAGGACGAGCACACCACCAUCAUCGACCGGGGCUCGGCCGGCGAGGAGAGCAGCCAGCUGCUGAACGGCAGCGCCCAGAAGAACACUCAGAGCCAGGUGCACAGGGCUGCAGACCCGGGGGGGAGGCUGGCCAAGGAGCACAAGGUGGAGCCCUUGCACUCGCCCACGUCCAAGAGGAAGCGGGUGAAGUUCACCACGUUCACCACCAUCCCGCCCGACGAUGGCUGCCCCACCGUCAACUCCAUCCUCAGCAGCCACGACGAUGACAUUAAGUGGGUGUGCCAGGACAUGGAGCUGGGGGACUCCAAAGAGACACGGAACUACGUGGGGAAGUUCAAGGACAAAGCGUAGCUCCCUGCUGGGGUUCUUUUUUUGGGUUUAACCACACCUUGAUGCCUUCAGUUCUACAGUAUAUAUUGGGACGGGCGAGGGGGAGGGGAAGGGAUCGCCAGGAGAAGUGAUGAGGCAGUUUUAUAAUCAGGGAAAGGAAUUUGCCAAACUGUCCGUGGUUUGUUUUUGUUUUUCACUUCGUUUUGUUGGGGGUUUGUUGUUUGUUUUGUUUUGUUUGUUUUUUUUCCCAGUGGUUAUUCUGCUAUUCAUGGAUUUAGGAAGUGGAACACAAAUAGCAGAAAGGAACAAGGAAAUGGUAUGACCAAUAUGAUGAACUGGGCGAGAUGAGGUUGUGAAAAUUCAUUUUAUGGGUCAUACAAAUAAUAAAUGAUAGUAAUAUUUCACAGUACCAAAAAUAUCUGUAAAAUGAAAUGAGAGAAUAUAAGAGCAUGAAAAGAGUAAGCAAGAGGUAAACAAUAACUUGUUCUGGUUCCAAUAAAACAUCACAGUAAUGGACAUAUGACCCACAAGGACACUUUUUACAUUGGUACUCAAGCCAUUUCUUUUCAUUCCUUCAUUUAAAAUGAAGAUGUGUCUUUGGCAUUAUGUGUGAAGGAGGAAGAAAUUACCUGGUAUUUUCAUUUUUACUUUUCCAUUUGUCUUGUAAAUUGAAACAGAAUCAUUUUCCCAUUUGUAGUUUUCUUUUAAGUAUCUUGAAAACAGGAAAAUAUAAAAUUCAGUAAGUUCACAGUGGGACAAGAACAUUCUAAGUUAGCUGUAAAGAGUCUCCUGUCAUUUAAAGAAUUCAGGGGAUAAGUAUUGACUAAUAAUUUCCAUGUGAUGUCUCUUCUGAAAGCCUGAGCCUCCAUUUCACCCUAGCUAGAAAGAUGUUUUGUUUGGAAGAAUUUUCAUUUUCCUUUCAGGUUGGGGUUGUUUGUUUAGUUGCUCAUUUUAAAUUUCCACAACCAAAGCUCCUGUGUUUCACCAAGGGAAGAAGGUGCUGUUUUCUGUUAGCUUUUACAAGUACCAAGCAGUGGGAUGCCCCACUGGUGCAUUGUAAAUGUUCCUGGAACUGAGACCAUCACAGGCCAAAUAUGCACAGCCUGCAGUUGAGUUGUUUGAGGGUUUUUUUAUUUGCGAGGUUCAUGAAUCCAUAAUUUUGUGCUGCAAUUUUCUGUUUAUUCUGCUGUCACCAGCUCUCAUCAAGCCCUGAAAGCAAGAAGAGGAAUGGACAGAAAGACCCUGGUUGCCCCAGACGUUUAUUCCCUUGUACUGGGAGAGCUGGGCACGCUGUUGGGAGGGAGGGAAAUAUUGCUGAAGCAAGAACAAGAAAUAUCUGGAGCUGUUUUACAGAUUUUUUAUUUUUUCUUUUUUUGCCAUUGGACCAGCUAAGACUGAAAAGUUUAGACUAGACUGCAAAUCUGAUGUUUUGAACAAACAAAUACCAAGGCAGUAAUAAAUCGGAAGCAGAUACAAACCAGAGAUUUAAUUAAUUGGUGGUGUGAACUGGCAGAACUGUGUUGGCUCAGUGCCAGUUCAUGUUCACGGAGGACACAGAGCAAAAUCUGUUCAGUGAGGAAGCCACUGUCCUCCCAAAGCCCUCCUCACAAAAAGGAGCUGCUAGAUCCAGCCUUUGGAAAGCAGUGGUACAUCCUGACUGUUAGCCAGAAGCACUUGCAUCAUCCUGUCCUUGCCACGGAUUUCGUUGUUUCGGGUUUUUUAAUUACUAAACUCCAUAGUUUGUUGUUUUUUGUUUUUUUUUUUUUUUAACUUGGACGAAGUCAAUCCUGCCACCCAAUAACAUAGAUGGAUGUUUUAACAAGAUAUGCCUAGUAUGCAUUGUAGACUGAAAGAAUGUAAUAUUUAUUUAUACAUGUUAUAUGAAUUGUAAUUAAAAUGCUUUACACGGCUUGACAAAUUAA